AUGCGAUUAUCGCCAAUAGUUGUCCAGAAUAUACCAAAACGUUACGAUGUGACAGUGCAUGAGAUUGUCAUGUAUGUUGAAAAUAUGUUAAAGCUUGAGAGUGGUUCAAUUGGAGAAAUUGUUGGUAGUACCAUGCUACCCGCACUUGUGGAUAAAUUGAUAGAGUUGGAUGUGGAGAUUGGAUUGGAUGGCAAGAUACAUGAGGAUGCUAAAUGCAUAUUUGAAAUGGAGUUAGAGGAUAUUGUUAAUUUUGCAGCAGAUGAUGAUGAGAACUAUAAUAGUAUGUGUGUCUCAGAGAUGUUAAAUAGAAAAAACUUGCAAGGCAAUAAGGUUGUGGAGAAAUUAGAUAGCCUAAUUGUGCUGACUUUUUUGCAUCUUGAUUCCUGUCAAAGUAGUGGCCGGUUGUCUGAGGUAUUUGAUACAUUACUGACGUCAUUUAAGAGAACUGUGAUGAAUACAUACAAGUCAAAGUUUACUCAGUUUGUGAUGUUCUAUGUUUGUGCAUUGGAUCCUGAACUAUGUGGUGUGAAAUUUGCUAUUGUUCUCAGAGAUAUGUUUGAAUCACCUGUUAAUCCCCCUAUUACUAGGAUGAGUGUUGUUGCUUAUCUUGCUAGCUAUUUAUCUCGUGCAAAGUUUCUUUCAUCUGCUUUGGUUGCUGACAUCAUACAAAGAUUGGUAGAUUGGUGUUUUGCAUAUUGCAAGAUACAUGAUUUAGAUAUGAACCCGCAAGCUCACCAAGUGUUUUAUUCUGGGUGCCAGGCUGUCAUGUACAUUUUGUGCUUCCGCAUGAAAUCAUUGAUGAAUGUACCUAGGCUUAGAAUGCAGCUCAUCAAAAUGCCAAUGUUGCUACUUUGGAAACAUAAAUUGAAUCCCUUGAAGGUAUGUUUGCCUAGUGUAGUAGAGGAAUUUCUUAAACAGGAAAAGGCUGCUCGGCUUUUCAUGUCAGCAGAGUUAUUUGUGUUUGAAGAUUUGCUCGAGGCUGAUCUUUCCAAGGCUUUUGGUGGGAUGGAUAGACUCGACAUGUUCUUCCCAUUUGAUCCAUGUUUGUUGAAGAAAAGUGAAGGCUACCUAAGACCACACUUUGUCCGCUGGUCAAGAGUCAGAACUACAUAUGACGACGAGGAAGACAAUGAUUCUGGAAGUAAAGCAUCAGACGACGAAUUUGUUGACUUAAAUGCAAAGGAUAUGAUGGUUGAUGAUGAUAUGAUAUGCAGUGUUGCAGCAGGCCUUGAUUUUGACCCCGACUUGAACAAAAUACUAUCCACUAGUCCAACGUCUUUGUUUUAG